UUCGUUUCUCCUUGCUCCGUCGUCUCCAAUGGCGGGUUUCAGUUCUUUAAUCCCUCUGAAACGCGCCUUUACUAGCGCAACCAGAAACCUAACGGCGCCGUCAGCUUCUAUAUCGGUAGCACGAAAUCUCUUCACUGGAGGAGGAUGUGACGAAAUUUAUGGUUGGUUCAGUAUCUCUGUAAUGAUUUCAAAGACUGUUCUUUGGAAUUUCUUGAAUCCUUAUGAUUUGAAACUUAUUGUAGGUGAGCCAGGUGUGUUUUCUCAUUCCAAUGGAAUAAGAAAGUACAACACCCUUGGUAAUACUGGCGCACUUACUGCUCCAUUUCAUCAUCUUCUUAGGGUCAACCAGACAAACAAGCCCGCCUUUUUAAGGGUCCAAUCGAUGAGCUAUCAGUUUGUGGCUGAUUCUCAUGCAUCUCCUAAACGUAUUGUGAAGACUGAGGAUGAGCAAGAUUUUUCUGAUUCAUCAAAGAAGGAAAACGCUGAAACCCCUAGGAAACAUCAAAUUGGGGAGAACAUACCCAAGAAGGAUAAAAUAAAGUUUCUUGUGAACACUCUUCUUGAUAUGGAAGAUAAUAAAGAGGCUGUUUAUGGAGCUCUGGAUGCUUGGGUUGCUUGGGAGCGCAAUUUCCCCAUUGCUUCCCUCAAAAGAGUAAUAGCUAUUCUUGAAAAGGAACAUCAAUGGCAUCGAAUGGUCCAGGUGAUAAAGUGGAUCCUAAGUAAGGGACAAGGGAACACGAUGGGGACGUAUGGACAGUUGAUACGGGCGUUAGAUAUGGAUCGUAGAGCAGAAGAGGCUCAUGUUAUCUGGAGAAAGAAAAUUGGGAACGAUCUGCAUUCUGUGCCUUGGCAAUUAUGCUUACAAAUGAUGCGCAUAUAUUUCCGGAACAACAUGUUACAAGAACUUGUUAAGCUAUUUAAGGAUCUGGAGAGUUAUGACCGUAAGCCUCCGGACAAGCACAUAGUGCAGACCGUGGCUGAUACUUAUGAGCUUUUAGGAAUGCUUGAUGAGAAAGAACGGGUAGUGACGAAGUAUAGCCAUCUUUUACUUGGUACAGCAUCCGAUGAUAAACCAACCAGAUCCUCGAGGAAGAAAAAGAAACCAGAACUGAGGAUUCCUGAAGCAGCGACAGAAGGUGCAGCAAAAGCUGAGUUACAAGAAGAGCUAAAAGAAAAUCUGGAUAAUCACCAAGAAUCAGAAGCUACCACUGAGAAACAAUCCGAACAUGGAGCAGAUGAUGCUUCGAUUCCAGAUCUGCGUACGGUCUGCAAUGGCCAAUGGGUUCUCGACAUGUUUGGCCAGAAAAUGGCGGGUGAAGAUUUGGUGUUUGCUGUUAAUGGAGAGAAAUUUGAAGUCUUGUCAGUUAAUCCUUCUACGACUUUACUCGAGUUCUUGCGUUCAAACACUCCCUUUAAGAGUGUCAAGCUCAGCUGCGGCGAAGGGGGUUGUGGUGCUUGCAUCGUAAUUCUAUCAAAAUAUGAUCCUGUGUUAGACCAAGUCGAGGAGUAUUCUAUAAACUCUUGCUUGACCCUUCUUUGCAGCAUAAAUGGGUGCUCCAUAACCACAUCCGAUGGACUCGGAAACACUGAAAAAGGGUUCCACCCAAUUCACAAGAGAUUUGCGGGGUUCCAUGCCUCUCAAUGUGGUUUCUGUACCCCGGGGAUGUGCAUCUCUCUCUACUCUGCUCUUUCAAAAGCCCAUAACUCCAACAACUCACAAUCUUCUCCGGAUUACCUGACUGCUCUUGCAGCCGAGAAGUCAAUUGCUGGAAAUCUUUGUCGCUGCACCGGUUAUCGUCCCAUUGCUGAUGCUUGUAAGAGUUUUGCUGCUGAUGUCGAUAUAGAGGAUUUGGGUUUCAACUCUUUUUGGAGGAAAGGAGAAAGCAGAGAAGAGAUGUUCAAGAAAUUGCCUCCUUACAACCCUGAUAAAGAUCUUGUCACUUUUCCUGACUUCUUGAAGGAAAAGAUUAAGUGUCAACAUAAUGUUUUGGAUCAGACAAGGUAUCAUUGGAGCACUCCUGUUAGCGUCGCAGAGCUUCAGGAAAUAUUGGCAACAACCAACUCUAGCAAAGAUAGAGGUUUGAUCAAAUUAGUUGUUGGCAACACGGGAACAGGUUACUACAAAGAAGAGAAACAAUACGGUAGAUAUAUUGAUAUUAGCCACAUUCCAGAGAUGUCAAUGAUCAAGAAAGAUGACAGAGGAAUUGAAAUUGGAGCAGUUGUUACCAUAUCUAAAGUUAUUGAUGCUUUGAUGGAGGAAAAUACAUCUGCUUAUGUUUUCAAGAAAAUCGGUGUCCAUAUGGAGAAGGUGGCCAACCAUUUUAUCAGAAACUCAGGGAGUAUCGGUGGUAAUCUAGUGAUGGCACAGAGCAAAAAAUUUCCUUCUGACAUAACCACACUUUUGCUCGCUGCAGAUGCAUCUGUGUAUAUGAUAAAUGCAGGGAGACACGAGAAGCUUAGGAUGGGAGAGUAUCUUGUGUCGCCUCCAAUAUUAGACACUAAAACUGUUCUUUUAAAGGUUCAUAUUCCUAGCUGGAUUGCUUCUUCCACUACUGGUUUGCUUUUCGAAACCUAUCGAACUGCACUUCGCCCUAUUGGAAGUGCAUUGCCUUAUAUCAACGCUGCUUUCUUAGCAGUAGUCUCUCACGAUGCAUCAUCAAGAGGCAUCAUUGUGGAUAAAUGCCGGUUGGCAUUUGGUUCUUUUGGUGGGUAUCAUUCCAUCAGGGCGAGGGAAGUUGAAGAUUUCUUGACGGGUAAAAUACUCAGCCACAGUGUGUUAUAUGAAGCUGUGAGGUUACUUAAAGGGAUCAUAGUGCCCAGCAUAGAUACCUCAUAUACUGAGUAUAAGAAAAGCUUGGCCGUUGGGUUUCUCUUUGAUUUUCUCUAUCCUCUGAUCGAGAGUGGCAGUUGGGAUUCAGAAAGAAAGCAUAUUGAUGGGCACGUCGAUCCAACAAUAUGUCUACCUUUGCUGUCAUCUGCACAGCAGGUGUUUGAAAGUAAAGAAUAUCACUCUGUUGGUGAAGCCAUUAUCAAAUUUGGAGCUGAAAUGCAGGCUUCUGGUGAAGCUGUUUACGUUGAUGAUAUUGCAUCCUUACCCCAUUGUCUACAUGGAGCAUUCAUUUAUAGCACAAAGCCAUUGGCUUGGAUAAAGAGCGUUGGUUUCGGAGGAAAUGUGGCACCAGUUGGAGUUAUGGCAGUUAUUACUUUCAAGGAUAUUCCUCAAGUGGGGCAAAACAUUGGUUACAUAUCGAUGUUUGGCACAGGGCUUCUAUUUGCAGAUGAAGUUACUAUAUCUGCCGGACAAAUAAUUGCUCUUGUGGUUGCAGACACACAAAAGCAUGCAGAUAUGGCAGCAAACCUUGCAGUAGUUGAGUACGAUUCAAGGAAUAUAGGAACACCAGUAUUAUCUGUGGAGGAUGCAGUCAAAAGGUCCAGCCUUUUUGAGGUUCCUCCCGAGUAUUACCCCGAACCCGUUGGCGAUAUUUCAAAAGGAAUGGCUGAAGCUGAUCGCAAGAUACGCUCAGUAGAGUUGAGACUUGGGUCACAGUACUUCUUCUAUAUGGAGACACAAGCAGCACUUGCCUUACCAGACGAAGACAACUGUUUAGUGGUUUACAGUUCAACACAAUCACCCGAGUACACACAAUCAGUAAUUGCUACAUGUCUUGGAAUCCCAGCGCAUAACGUUCGAGUCAUCACCAGAAGAAUUGGAGGUGGCUUUGGUGGAAAAGCUAUAAAGUCUAUGCCUGUUGCGACAGCAUGUGCGCUUGCUGCAAAAAAAAUGCAGUGUCCUGUAAGGAUAUACGUCAACCGUAAGACUGAUAUGAUAAUGGCUGGAGGAAGGCAUCCCAUGAAAAUAACUUACAGUGUAGGUUUCAGAUCUGACGGUAAACUCACAGCACUAGCGCUAAAUAUGUUAAUAGAUGCAGGGUGUGAUGUGGAUGUAAGUCUAGUAAUGCCACAGAAUAUAAUGAAUUCCCUGAGGAAAUAUGAAUGGGGUGCAUUGUCAUUUGACAUUAAAGUGUGUAAGACAAACCUUCCAAGCAGAACGUCUUUAAGGGCACCCGGUGAGGUACAAGGUUCAUACAUUGCUGAAUCCAUUAUUGAGAAUGUAGCAUCUUCCCUGAACAUGGACGUGGAUGUUGUGAGAAGGAUAAAUCUUCAUAAUUACGAAAGCCUCAGCAAGUUUUAUAAGCAAGUUGCUGGUGAGCCUGAUGAAUAUACUUUGCCUUUAUUGUGGGAUAAAUUGGAGAUAUCUGCAGAUUUCAGGCGAAGGGUUGAAUCGGUGAAAGAGUUUAACCGAUGUAACAUAUGGCGCAAAAGGGGGAUUUCUCGAGUACCCAUCAUCCAUCAAGUUGUGCAUAGGCCAACUCCAGGAAAAGUAAGCAUUUUGAAUGAUGGUUCGGUUGCGGUUGAGGUUGCAGGGAUUGAGGUGGGGCAAGGGUUAUGGACAAAGGUACAACAGAUGGUUGCUUAUGGUCUUGGUAUGAUAAAAUGCGAAGGAAGUGAAGAUCUGCUUGAAAGAAUACGGCUUCUUCAGACUGACACACUCAGUAUGGCUCAAAGCAGUUACACUGCGGGUAGCACAACAUCUGAGAACUGUUGUGAAGCAGUGAGGCUUUGCUGCAGUAUCUUGGUGGAGAGGCUGAAACCUACCAUGAAUCAGAUUCUGGAGAAUGCUCGAUCCGUGACAUGGGACAUGCUCAUUCAACUGGCAUAUGCUCAAUCUGUGGACCUAUCAGCUCGGACAUUUUAUAAGCCAGAGUCCUCUUCCGCAGAAUAUCUCAACUACGGAGUUGGAGCCAGUGAGGUGGAGGUUGACCUUGUGACAGGAAGAACAGAAAUUAUAAGAUCAGAUAUUAUCUAUGACUGUGGAAAAAGCCUUAAUCCUGCUGUUGAUUUAGGACAGAUUGAAGGAGCGUUUGUUCAAGGAAUAGGGUUUUUCAUGUAUGAGGAGUACACGACAAAUGAAAACGGGCUUGUGAAUGAAGAAGGUACAUGGGACUACAAAAUACCUACAAUAGACACAAUUCCCAAACAAUUCAACGUUCAGAUUCUCAACAGUGGUCAUCACAACAACCGCAUUCUCUCCUCUAAAGCUUCAGGUGAGCCUCCGUUGCUUGUGGCGGCUUCUGUGCACUGUGCAACAAGAUCAGCCAUUAGAGAAGCUCGAAAACAGUACCUUUCGUGGAAUUGCGAUAGUGGUGAUCAUACCGACGUAUCUGAUAUUGGUUUUGAGUUGCCGGUUCCAGCGAUUAUGCCAGUAGUGAAGCAGCUUUGUGGCCUUGAAAGCGUAGAGAAGUACUUAGAAUGGAAAACAUAUCCUUAAAAUAACAGAGUCACUCAGAG